AUGGAAGCCCCACGUCAGCAGCACAAGGAAGCGCGCUUCCGCACUUCGUCGGGCCGCAAAUAUGAUAUCCGCGUCAGAAAACCAUCUACUUCAUCCAAAGGUUCCCAGCUGGAUGCGCCCACCAUCCCGACAUGCUUCCAGUCGGAGCCCAGCACGUGCCGGUAUGACCACGACUCCACCCGACGCCGUCCGGGCUGCCGCCUCUCGCCGGCGCUGUUCCUGGAACCAGGGUGCUGCCGGUGCUCGGUAUUACCGGAUCCGCCACCGACCCGACAGUGCUGGGGGACACAGAAGCCCGUGUUCAGCACUAUGCAUUAUCUCACGAGUGUACGGAUGCAAGUUUUGGGCAACGUAGCUCUUAGUCACUUGGGCGACAACAACGCUGAUACCACUACGCCGGAAGCCGUACACACCGGCACCGCCAAGAUGUUGUGA